AUGAAGGCCCUAAUCGGCCUAGUCUACAAGGACAUGGAACAGGCCUUAUUAGGCCACUUUGCAAGCAGCAAUAGCGCGCUGCACGCGGAGAUGGCCGCUAUGAAGGCCUAUAUGACCUCUCUGGUAGAGGCUAUGGAGCAGCGCCUCACAGGCCAAUUGGGCGCUCUGGAGCGCCGUUUCUCAACCCUAGAAGCUCAACAGGCCUCCCCGAACGCCCCAAACCACCCCCUAAAGCCCCUAUCGUCAGGGGACGACCGCCAGGGCCCACAACAGCCUCUGCCAUCCCAGGGGACGACGUUUGCAGAGGUCGCCCAUGGCCCCCAAGCUAACCCGAAUAGGGCCGCUAAGCCCAUAGAGCCACGCAGAGCCUCACCCCCGAUAUCAAAACCACCCCCUGGGGUGAAGCCCGCAGCAGGCCCCCAGUGGGCCGAUAUAGCAGCCAGCAAUGCCCAGGAGUGGCAAAUCGUUACAAAAAAACGGGCUUACUCCCCGAACCAGCCCCCAAAAGUCCAAAUGGACCCAGGGAGCCUGAAGCCUAUUCGCGGAAGCAACAAGGGAGACCGCAGGCUUAUAUUUAGGCGUGAAAAUGGCCGCACCGCCUCUAGAAAGUCUAAAGCUGAUGUUAUCUUGCAGCUUAACCGCUGCCUAGCCCAGGUAGGCUUCCCGAACUUCGCCAGGGUAAUAGACGCCAAUUACACCGAAUUAGGGGCUAUCUCAGCUCUAUUGGACUAA